UGCAGGGAAGCGGCUCCCCUCCUUUGUAGCGGACGGACAGGCGGCCUUCAUGUCCGAGCUCCACCAGAGAUCCGCACAAACUGAGCCUCGUCGCGCUUCUCAGACGCUGUUGAUGCCUCGGUGCCCGCGGGGAGGAAGACCCUGAGCUCCGUGCGCUUCUGUUUGUCACCAUGGCCGUCAUGAACACCAAGGCUCUGCACGAACAGCUGUCCAUCAUCAUGGGGGCGUUGACCAAGGCGGCCGUGGCGGAGAUCUGCGAAGUCGUCGACGAAGGUUACGCGGUCCUGCAGAUGGAGAUCAGCCGCAGCCACAAGGAGAACGAGGACCUGAAGAAGAAGCUGCACCUCAUCGAGUCCAUCGUCGUGCGGGGGAGCAGCGGGAACGCGGCCGGGAAGGGCGCCGCGGUGCCCGGCGUGGAGGACGCGCAGCCGGCGGAGGCGGCGCAGCAGGACGGGGAGGCAGGAGCGCCGGCCGGGGCAGAGGAUGCUGCCGCCGCCGUGAGGGAGCUUCCGGACGUGGUGCUGAUCAAAGACGAGGACUCGGACAGCAACGACACGUUCGACGAAGGUUCCAAGACGUCUGCGGACGGCGGGACGGGCGUGGCGCUGGUCAGAGAGAGCGCCGCCUCCUCGCAGGUCAGGAGCAUGAAGAGACACUGGCCAGGAGGCGAGGACGCCGUCUGCCAGGCCGAGAAGAAGAAGUCGUCUGAGCAGCACCCGCUGAAGAGCCCGGCCAAGCUCGCCGCCGCCGCCGCCGCCACCACGCAGAAGAAGACGGUGUCCCAGUACACACUGGACUCCCCCUGCAGCGAGCCCGGCUGCUCCGGCCAGCUCGCCGGCGACGAGAAGGACGCCGGCGAGUCCGUUUGCUCCUUCUCCUCGCAGAUCGACCCGGACGUGCGUCUGGUCCACCAGGAAUGUCCGCUGGUUCCUGCGAUGUCAGGCGCCGGCAGACAGGCGGCGUAUUUCGGCGGCCACGACGUGCUGAUGGAGUCUCAGUCGCCGACAAACAAAUCGGAGCUGGACCUCAGCUUGACGUGGACCAAACAGGCGAAAGGCCAGGUGACGUUCACUCAGUUUCACCAGAGCGAAAGCAUCGACGGCGACGCGUUCGGCCUGAAGCUCAUCAGCGUGUCGGGCUCCUCGUCCACCGACUGCCAGCUGAGCGAGAGCAGCAACUCGGGCUUCGAGUUCGAGGACGCCGACAUGAUGAACUUCGCCCUGUACAGGGACCAGUCGGCUCGGCCGCAGCACUGCGGCGGCCAGCCGGGCGCCAUCAUCAAGGGCAAACGCUUCGUCUGCUCCAUCUGCACCAAGACGUACGCCACGUCGCAGAACCUGGACGUUCACAUGCGCAUCCACACGGGCGAGCGGCCGUUCAGCUGCAGCCAGUGCGGCAAGAAGUUCACGCAGUCGGCUCACCUGAAGUCGCACCUGAGCGUGCACUCCGGGGAGCGGCCGUACUCCUGCACGCUCUGCUCCAAGAGCUUCAUCGUCAAGUACAGCCUCAAGUUACACAUGAAGAAGUGCCACGCCGCCGUGUGAGCGGGCCGGCAGCCGCCACGCCGCCUCAUCGGUUUCACUCCAAAAUGACCAGGAUCUGCCUCCCACAUCCUGUUUCCUCCUGCAGAGACACAAACCCGGCAAGACCCGAGCCGAUUUACCUGGCAGCAUGUCGGGAUUAAUAUUCUGAGAACAAACAUGCAGAUUUUUCGAGAUUAAAGUUGUAAAUUAAGGAGAAAAACCCUUGAAUAUUCUGAGACUAUCAUAAUUAAUUUAGAAGAAAAAAACUCAAAAAUUCAGAUAUUAUGAAAUCACAAAUUUGCAAGAAAAAUUCAAAUUUUGAGAUUAAAUUGGUAAAUUUGUGAGAAAUUUAAAAAACUCA